AUGGCCGAUCAUGACCCGAUAGCCGGCCGGACGAACGUCCCGACCGUCUGUCCAAACGGUCCGGUCGACCUGAAGCCUGUUUUGAAGCCUGUUUCACACGUUUUCACGGCCCGACUGAACCUAAUGCUGUUUCUGAAGACCUAAGGUCUAAAGAGUUUGGUAAAACCUGACUCAGAUCACAAUAUCCAGCAGGUUUGGUCAUCAUCGGGAGUGAGACCGACUUCCGGGAGUAUUGUGAUAUCUGCUAUUCAGGCCGAGCAGUUGUUAGAGCGGGGCUGUGAGGCGUAUCUGGCGACGAUUUCUAUGUCUGAGUCAGGAGCUGGAGUUGUUAUGGGAGAUAUUGAGGUUGUCCAGGAUUUUGAGGAUGUCUUUCAGUCACUGAAGGGAUUACCACCAUCUCGGUCUGAUCCUUUCACGAUUGAGUUAGAGCCGGGGACAGCACCGAUAUCGAAGACGCCUUACAGGAUGGCGCCAGCUGAGUUGGCAGAGCUGAAGAAGCAGAUAGAGGACCUUUUGUCUAAGGGGUUCAUUCGACCAAGUGUUUCACCGUGGGGAGCACCGGUGUUGUUUGUGAAGAAGAAGGAUGGAGUUUCAGACUUUGUAUCGAUUACAGAGAUUGACUUGGCAUCGGGGUAUCAUCAGAUCCCGAUAGAUGAGGCAGAUGUCAGGAAGACUGCUUUCAGGACGCGUUAUGGGCAUUUUGAGUUUGUGGUUAUGCCUUUCGGUUUGACUAACGCGCCGGCAGCCUUCAUGAGAUUGAUGAACGACGUGUUCAGGGAGUAUUUGGACGUGUUCGUCAUCAUUUUCAUUGAUGACAUAUUCUGGUAUACUCGAGGAGUCAGGAGGAGCAUGCGACUCACUUGA